AACCAUAGCUUCUCGUCUCCUACGUUGAGUUAUUUUUUAAAUUAAUCGUAAUUUCUGCGUUAUUUAACGAUACCACUAUAUAGGAGGUCGUUCAACGACUGAAAUCGAUGCUCGUUAUCUUAUCUACUAUAGAUUAUGUACCCCAGUAUUAGAUACGUGCUGUGUAAUGACCAGAACAUCGCGAAUCAGUACCCAUACAGAAGAACAAGUGGUUAUUUUGGUGUCAGUGUCAGCAGGCCUAUGGAACGCAAAGAAUUAACUCUUAGUUUCCAUAAUCUUAUCAAGCGAGAUGAAGAACUAUACGGUUAUACAAACCAAGGAAUGGAACCACCGACCCCGUCGACCCCUGGUGAUUGUCUUCAAGGAGUAUUUCAAACACUGGACUCAUUGACGCCAGGAUUGGACUCAGAUUUUGACGAAUGUCUUGCUGUGCCAGAAUCUCUGUCCGUAAUCGAAAUAGACAAGGGUAAAGAGGAAACUGAUGCAUCAGCGCCGCUCGCGAAAUCCGUACCGUACAGAAGUAUCCACGCACCGCCGAUAAAGUUUAAAUCGGUCCACAGGAAAGUGUUCAUCCCGGGAGUGGAAAUAAAGGUCAGAUUCGUGGAGAACGAAAGAAGCGUUACGACACACCUAUUGAAUCCUAACUUGUACACAAUAAAUCUACAACACGGGGAUUUCAAAUGGACAAUCAAAAAGCGAUACAAACACAUAUUGUAUUUGCACCAACAAUUGGCACUAUACAGGACAUCGCUCAAAAUCCCCUUCCCGACUAAAGCGCAUAAGACUAGACGGGCGAGCUUCAAGAACACGGUCGAUACUGAAGAGAAGGCUGAAAGGAUGGCGCUUGAAGCGCUGCCGCGGAGCAACUCGAAGCGGCGGGAAUGUAGGCCUAGGAAGCGAAAGGGCGCGUUGCCUAGAUUUCCCCGUAAGCCCGAGGUGAUGAUCACAUACGAAGGCAUUCAGCUGCGGAUGAAGCAACUGGAGGAAUACCUGUACAACUUGCUCAACAUAUCUAUUUAUAGGAAUCACCAUGAGACCGUGGAAUUUCUGGAAGUGUCUCAAAUGUCGUUCAUAUCGGAACUUGGGUCAAAGGGCAAGGAGGGAAAGAUAGAGAAGCGCACCGGUUCCACGCGGCCCGGCCAGGCCGGCUGCAACUGCUGCGGCCUGCUCGGCAACAUGGUGUGUGUGCGGUGCAAUUACUUCUGCACGGGGCUCGUAUGCGCCCAAUGGCAAGAGAGAUGGUUAUUUGUGAAAGAUACCUUCUUCGGGUAUAUCAGACCCAGCGAUGGUGUUGUUAAAGGUGUAAUGCUGUUUGAUCAAGGAUUCGAGGUGUCCAGCGGCAUGUAUUCCACGGGACUUAGUAACGGGCUGCAAAUACUCAACCAGCAUCGGCAGCUGGUAAUCAAGUGUUGGACGAAACGUAAGAGCAAGGAGUGGAUGCAUUACUUGAAGACUGUUGCCAACCAGUCUGCCCGCGACUUCACCUACCCAAACGUGCACCACUCAUUCGCCCCCCCUCGUCCAUCCACUCCAGUGGCCAUGUUCGUGGAUGGCUCCCCCUACCUCUCGGCUGUGGCCGACGCCAUGGAGCUGGCCAGAGAGGAGAUAUUCAUAGCGGACUGGUGGUUGAGCCCCGAGAUAUAUAUGAAGCGACCGGCUUUGAAUGGAGAUUAUUGGAGGCUGGAUACAUUGUUGAAACGGAAAGCGGCGCAAGGUGUCAAAGUAUUUAUAAUGCUCUAUAAGGAAGUAGAAAUGGCGCUAGGUAUUAACAGUUUCUAUAGUAAGAGCCGACUGGCCAGCGAGAAUAUUAAGGUAUUCCGUCACCCAGAUCACGCUAAAAUAGGUGUGUUCUUCUGGGCGCAUCACGAGAAGAUCGUGUGCGUGGACCAAACGGUCGCGUUCCUUGGCGGCAUCGAUCUGUGCUAUGGACGCUGGGACGAUCAUAAGCAUAGAUUAACCGACCUCGGCAGUAUAUCACACCCAAAAACGUCGAUAAGGUCAAAGAAAAAGACCUCAAGCUCGCCCGGCGCUGGACAGGUGCAUUUGUACGAUGGUGCGGCUAUUGAGUUGGCUAGGUCCACUAAAGAGUUGGUCAUUGGGUAUAAUGAUGUAAUCCAAGAAGAACCAGACCCACCGGUCCAACAGACAGAAACGGAAAACGUCCCGAACCCAGACUUGCCGGUAUUAGAGUCGGGAGACCACUUGCUUAUAACUACCCUCGAUAAAGACGAGAAAAAGAACGUUCUAGACAAAAUAACGGAUCGAGGGAAAGACAUUAUUGGUAUUAUUUACCCGCCAUAUGAAGAAGAGAGAAAUGAACAGAAGUUCGACGAUUCUGAAAGGAAGAAGGCGGAGAAGUACGCGCGCUCGAAUGAUGAAGUGCUUUUGACAGAUGCUUUGGGUAUUAAUAUCAACAAUAGGAGUGCCGAGCCUGCGCCUUUGGCUGAGGUGGUGGAAGGUCGUGUCAUAACCGAAAGUACAAAGAAAGUACUAGAAGGAGUUGAGGGAAACUCGAAACUGUGGAUCGGGAAGGACUAUGUUAAUUUUAUUGUAAAGGAUUUCAACAAUUUGGACUCGCCAUUUGUGGAUCUAGUAGACCGUUGUACGACGCCCCGCAUGCCGUGGCAUGACGUGGGCUUGCUUGUGGGAGGUGCGGCAGCAAGAGACGUGGCCAGACAUUUUGUGCAGCGAUGGAACGCUAUUAAAUUGGAGAAAGCCAGGCAGAACAGCAGCUACCCGUAUCUCCUGCCGAAAACUUACACGGACAUAAAACCACUCCAAGAUCUGUAUGAACUUCUCAACGUCGAUAUCACCAAUGUCUCUUGCCAAGUCCUCCGCAGCGUAUCGAGCUGGUCCUGCGGGUUUCUAGACCCAGAUACAGUGGAGCAGAGCAUACACGAAGCUUACGUGGACACAAUCACGAGGGCCCAGCAUUAUAUAUACAUUGAGAACCAGUUCUUCAUCACGCUGUCGAGGACCAACCCUCAUGUUAGGAAUCAGAUAGGUGAAGCGCUGUUCAACCGGAUAAUGCGCGCGUUCCGCGCCAAGGAGACGUUCCGCGUGUACGUGGUGAUGCCGCUGCUGCCCGGCUUCGAGGGCGAGGUGGGCGGCGCCAGCGGCACCUCGCUGCACGCCGUCACGCACUGGAACUACCAGAGCAUCUGCAGGAGUCGCGAAGCUAUCCUGACGCGGCUGUACGAAGCGGGUCUGCCAGACCCGAGCGAGUACAUAACGUUCCACGGGCUCCGCACCCACACCAUCCUGGACGGAGAGCCUCUCACGGAGCUCGUGUACGUGCACUCCAAACUGCUGGUCGCCGACGACCGGUACGUCAUCUGCGGCAGCGCCAACAUCAACGAUCGGUCCAUGGUGGGAAAACGGGACUCGGAGAUUGCCGUUAUACUGCAGGACGAGAUAUUCGAGGAUGGAAUAAUGAAUGGGAAACCAUUCCCAGUUGGCAAAGUGGCUGGUGGGCUCAGAAAGAGAUUGUUCAGAGAACAUUUGGGCCUCAUGGAAGAGGAUCUUACUAGAGUGGGGAUCAAUCUAGACGACCCGUGCGCGGAACAGUUCUACAUCAACGUGUGGAAGGCCACGUCGAAACGUAAUACUGACAUAUAUGAAGAGGUUUUCCACACGAUACCAACAGACUCGGUGCACACAUUCGCAGAACUAAAGAAAUACCAAGAGGAGAACUCGGAAACGUUAUGGCGUAAGGACCCGGCGCUCGCGAAUCGGAAAAUAGACCUUAUACAAGGCCUUGUAGUCGAUUUACCGUUGAAUUUCCUUUGCAAUGAAACGCUUACGCCGAGAAAUACUUCUAUGGAGGGUAUAUUGCCGACUUCUUUGUGGACUUAGGUUAUUGGAUAGUAAAAUUGGGUCAUCAAAUAUCAAUCGACAAUGAAAGUUUUCAAUAUGGAAGCAAUCAAAACGCUUCCU